CCAUCUUAGUGUUGGCUUUAACUAUUCACUGAACAUCUUCUGUGACUACAACAAGUUGUAUUGGGCAGUCCACGGAGGAAACCACAAGAAACUGCGAGGAUGGAUCCUCUAAUACUCCUUCUACUUGCAGGGCUAUUGGGAGCAUCAACCCAAAAUGAAACAACACCAGGUACCCCUCCACCGGUCAACAUGACUUCAUCACCAGUCAACAUGACCUCAUCACAAGUAUACAUGACCACUCCACCGGUCAACAUGACUUCAUCACCAGUCAACAUGACCUCAUCACCACUUCCCAUGACAACACCACUGGUCAACAUGACACCACCACUUAAUUCAACUUCACCACCGAUCUCCCCCAUGUCACUUCCUGGCAAUGAAACCUCGACACCAACAUCUGGAACAUCAGCACAACCUGCUGUCACAACAGUGGUAGCACAUGAAGAAGAAAAAGUUGCCAUGACAUUUGCGUUGAUGAAAAACUUCACAUCACAACUUACAAACAAAUCCUCUGAAGAGUACAAGACAUUAGAAAACCAAAUAACAACAUCACUUGACGCUGUCUAUUUGAAGCAAUAUGGAGACAACUUCGUCAGAACUCAGAUCAUCUCUUUCAGUCCAGGAUCAGUUGUGGUAAAUGCUGUGCUUCAGUUCAAAAAUGCCAGCUCAGUGCCAGAAACUAGUGCUGUGGCAAAUGUUCUGGUGGAGGCAGCAAACAACAAUUCCAACUUCUCCCUUCCAGUUAACACAUCAAGCAUUGUUGUAACAAGUAAGUUGUUGUUAACAUUACAUAAUACAGCCUUUGACUUAUUGUGUAAGUUUCCAACAUGUACACUAAAUGAAGCGGGGAAAAAGUUGUAUGGAUCAUCUUACCGCCGCUCCCUGAUUAAUUCAUUCAGUGACGGAUCAGUGAUUGUCAAAUCAACUCUUGUCUUCAACAAUCAAGACUCCGUUCCCUCAGUUAGCRAUGCAACUUCACAAUUCAGCACUGAACUUGCCAGCUCUACAUCUCUGGAUGUUAUACCGGGCAGCGUUUCUGCACAGUCUACAUCAAAGAGUGCUCCUCAGCACACAAUGGCCUCAUUGGCAUUCUUCUCACUUACCCUGCUGGCUGUGGCACAGAUGCUCAUCUAGUUAUAGCCAGUAUCCUGAUACAGGCUGAUACAUUGACUUUACUUUUUAGUGGGCUUUGGGAAAGAGUGAUACAAGCAAGUUACAAUAAACCAAAAACAGAAGACAUAAGUGCACAUUAUGAAAUUUACAAAUACAGUUUGAUGUGGUAAAAAGAUAUGUGCUGUGGUGUCAAAGAUUGAGAAAGGUUUUCAUUACUUGUGUUUCGCUCUAUUUAUUUUAAAACCUUUUAUUAUUAAUAACAGUACCAUAUAUGAGUUGGGUUUUUUUUGCAGCUGUCGUUCAAUUAGUGUGUUUUGUUCAUGCUUUUUAUGGCACUGUUGACAUUUUAUAGAGGAUAUGUACUAAAUAUUUAAAAAUCAAAGAAUCAAACAGGAUACAGUUUAAAUCCAAUGCCAUAAAUUAAG